AUGUUUCGCUCAACUUUGAAACUUCGUUCGGCGACUAUUCGCUCGUCUCUCCGCCAUCGUUUUGUACACAACGGUGCGGCCAACCCUGUUAGAGCGUCCAAUGGCAUUUUGAUCAAGGCAGCAUUAGCGAUCACCACGGUAUGUUCCGCCACAUUAGCGUACGAUCGUUUUGUUGGUAAGAAUCAAAGCACCCGUUCGUCGUUGCCUCUCCGCGACACAAAGCCGCCAAAGUACUGCAGUGAUGCGGAAAUACGCCGCGCAGUGUCCUUGAUCGAAAAGGUAGUUGGUGAAAAAUGGGUUCGGAGUACAGCCGUUGAGCUCGAUAGCCAUUCACAAAAUGAAUUUACACCCCAUUUACCACGUCCGGGUGAACGUCCUCGAUAUGUUGUGUACCCUGCAAGCACUGAAGAGGUCUCCGAGUGUAUGAAAAUUCUUAACGAAUAUGCGGUUCCAGUGGUACCUUUCGCCGGCGGAACUUCGCUUGAAGGCCACAUUUUUCUGACUCGUCAAGGCGUGGUCCUCGAUGUUUCCCGAAUGAACAAGAUUCUUGCCGUAAACCAUGACGACCUUGAUGCUGUUGUACAACCAGGAGUUAACUGGCAGGAUCUUAACCAACAUCUUGCACCAUCUGGAUUGAUGAUUGGUGCCGAUUGUGGACCUGACGGACGAAUUGGCGGCAUGAUAGCUACGAACGCUUCUGGUAUCAAUGCUCUGUACUACGGGGCCAUGGCGGCUAACGUGGUGGCAGUCACGGUUGUUUUGGCCGAUGGAACUAUUAUCAAAACCCGUCAACGACCUCGUAAAACUAGUGCUGGGUACAAUCUUACAUCGUUGUUUGUUGGAAGUGAGGGAACACUUGGAAUCGUUACCGAAGCCACUGUGAAACUCCAUGUCAAGCCGAAGCAUGAGACUGUGGUAGUGGUACAAUUUCCUAAAAUACAAGAUACUACAGCCACGGUUUCAGCUCUUUUUAGAGCCGGGGUGCAGCCAACAGCCAUUGAGUUAUUAGAUGAAGAUAUGAUGCAUUGCAUCAACUACUCGGGAUAUUUCAGCCGUCAAUGGCUAGAAGAACCUACAUUAUUCUUUAAAAUUGGUGGAAUCUCGCAGAACCAUGUUGAUGAGCAGGUGAAAGUAGUGGAAAAUAUAGCCAAGAGCAACAAUUCCCAAAGUUUCAUUUUUGCUGCAGACAAAGAAGAAGAAGAAGAAGAACUAUUUGCGGCACGCAAGAAUGCUUUUUAUGCCAUUCUCAACUAUGGGCGUAACGAAAUAGACGAGAACGUGAGACUAUGGGUCACAGACAUUGCUGUGCCCAUUUCCCGACUCUCUUCGGUGCUCUCAGAGGUGCAUCAAUUGAUUCGUCAACUGGGAUUGCAAAGUGUUAUAUUGGGACAUGUUGGCGAUGGAAACUUCCAUGCAGAUGUGUUCUACAAGCCAGAUGAGAAAGAGAAAUGCGAAACCCUUAUUCACAAGAUGAUGCAAAUUGGUUUAGCCAACGAAGGUACAAGUAGUGGAGAGCACGGUAUUGGAAAUGGGAAGAGGGAGUACCUUGAGGUCGAGCUAGGAAUUGAUGCCGUGGAUACAAUGAGGCAAUUAAAAAUGGCUGUGGACCCCAAGUGUAUACUUAACCCCGACAAAGUAUUCCGAACCGAUCCCAAUGAGGCAUAG